AAUUCAGUAUUAAGCGAACCUCACAAGUAGUGAAGAUGGAACCGUUUGUCUGUCUCCAGUCCCUAAUCGCACUUCUCGGGAUCUUAGUAAUUUCAGUAGAAAUGACGCCACGAAGAAAUCCUCGAUAUCGUCCUCCGAAGCCACGGUUCGAAGUUUACAACCCUAAAGGUCUGAUCGCGUCGAUUCCCGCCGAACCGGGCAUUACUCUGUUCACGUUUCACGGCAAGUUGAACAAACGUUUCGAAGAUGAGUACGAAAUUGGUCGGUGGGCCAAAUCCGUUUCCCAACCGCGUAACGGUCGAUUCACGUUCGUCGAUCGAAAAGCGGAACUACAACCCGGGGAUGUUAUCUACUACAAAACGGUGAUUACGCACAACGGCGUGACGUACCGUGGGAACUACGGAGUCUAUGAGGUCACACGUUUCACAGGAAACACUCCAGGCAGUGAUGGUGGUGGCCGGAAAACUACAACUACUAGCACAUUGCCACCGUUUGUGUAUAAGAAUAAUGAACGACGGACAAAAGGAGUCGAUCAGGACACGUACGUUCCUAUGGGUCCUUUCGACUACGAGUCCAAGGAACUCGCUUCGCCUCCGUUGAUUAGGACUAGAACGAUUUCAACGCAAACCAGUGCAGAAGAUUUGGACUACAAAGAAUGUGAUAGGGCGCGAACUCAAGUAAAUGGUAGAAAAGUUUGCAGUGGAAAGCUGAUAUUCGAAGAAACAUUUGAUUCCAAAGAGCUCAACGGGCAAAAGUGGCGAAUCGAGAACCGCUUCGCAUCCGAUCCCGAUAACGAGUUUGUGGUUUAUGCCGAUUUCAAGGAAAACAUUCAAAUACGUAACGGGAAACUAAACAUCCGGCCAUCGCUGUUCGAAAGCAAAUUUGGUCCAGGAUCGACCAACACCAAGUUUAUGUUUGCAGCGGAGUGUACGGGGCUGUUGAAUUCUCGCGAUUGCAUCCGAGAUCGGAAGAUAGAUUUCGAUAUGAUUCCUCCGGUGCUGUCCGCGCAAAUCUCCACGUUCAACUCGUUCAAGUUUCUUUAUGGAAAGAUAUUGAUUCGCGCUAAGCUCCCACGAGGCGAUUGGAUUUUUCCACAACUGUAUCUCAAACCUAGCAAUGAAUUUUAUGGUCGUGACGAAUAUGCUUCGGGUCUAAUGCGCGUAGCCUACGCUCCUGGAGGUCCAAAAUUGCGAAACCAGUUAUCCGGAGGAUUGAUACUGAACCAUGCCGAACCCCUCCGAUGCUCCAAGAUGUGCACUCUAACCAGACCCAGAAACUGGAACGAUGACUUCCACGUGUUCGGGCUCACGUGGAGCCCGGAAGGAGUGUACAUGGAAGUGGACGAUGAAGUGUACUGUCAUAUUGACCCGGAAGAAGGCUUCUACAACGAGGUGAAAGCGACGAAACCGCAAUUUGCAAACCUUUGGAGAUUGAGCGGUAAUCGAAUGGCUCCGUUCGAUAAGGAGUUCUUCAUUAGUUUGGGCGUCGGUGUGGGUGGUCACUACGACUUCCACCUAUUUCAGGACAAACCGUGGAAGGAUUUGUCCGUCAAGGCGAUGCACACGUUCUGGAGCGCGCGGGGGAAUUGGUAUUCUACGUGGAACAGUAAUAGUACUUUGCAAGUUGAUUACGUUAAAGUGUUUGCGAUAUAAUAAUUUAAAUUAUCAUUUCCAUGUCUGUAUGUGGGAUACUCUAAUCGGCCGACAAUUAAUUUGUGAAUCGGUGUAUUCUACUAUAUUAAAAUUCAAUAAAAAAUGAGCUUUAACUAUAUUAUAUAUUUGCAUUAGCAAAUUUAUUACAACUUGUAUCAAAAGUAAAAUAUGUUUUUGUACAAAGCCAUCAAAAUUUAGAUAUAAUUAUUUACAUGUCAUAGUUUUUGGUCCAAACGUUAUAAGUUCAUUGAGGACCCCCGGAUCGAAGUACCUCAACAAACAAUGUAAAAAAUAGAAGGAAGAGCAAUAAGAAAAUACAGAUAGAAACAGCAAAAUCACUUUUUGGUUCCCAUCAAUUUCAAUGUUAGACAUUAACCAUGCAUAUUUGUUGUUUCAAACUGUGUUUUUACUUUUUACGGCAAAUUAUUAAUUUACAACGAAUGUUCCUUCAUAACAACCUGUGUUAAUCUUCUACAUCAUAUUUCAUAAAAUUCAAUUUUUGUCAAUUACUCAUUAUACGGUUCCAUUAAAACACAUGACUAGUUUCAGAUCACAUA